AUGCCCGGUAUCGCUCGCAAGAUCGUCAUCUGCGCUGCGGUUGACGGCCUUAUCAUCCAACCAUUUGUGACCAAAGGACAGCGCCCCGCGCAACCGGUCAGGAUCAAAUAUGGCGACGCAUCAAUAACCCCAGCGUCUCGAGAGCAGAUCCCCAACGUUUCCCAACCGAACUCUUCUUUCGAGGCCUUCGGAGUUAUUGUCUCACGCCUGAGUUACCUAAUAACGAUCACUCGCCGACAACAAGUCGCACAGAUCUGCGGCUUCCCGAUCUAUGUCGUCACCGAGGUCGCCGUGACCCCAUGCACCUCCCAGCAAGAAGCCAGAGAAGCUAUCACGAAGACGGCUCUGGAGCUGCAAGAACGCAACACGGACAAGGAUGCCGACGACAGCGACAGCGACGACUAUGUCGAGCAUCCUACGAGCGGUGAUGAGGUCGAGGACCCGGCGCAAGAGGCUAAGGCGGAGAAUGACAAGGCACCCGAAUCCGUUAAGAGCACCGUUGCCAAGGACGUUAUUGGCAGAAGAGGCAGCUAUGGGAGAUUUGCUCAGACAUGGUUCAGUAAGAGUGGAUGGACGCAAGACCAGAAGAGGUCUGCCGGUUGGAGCGGCACUGCGCAUCAAGUCCGUCGCUCCAUCGAUCAUAGCCCUAGCAAGGCCGCCGCUUCACGUCCGACGGCAGACGAGACUAAUGAACCGGCGCCAGCAUCUACGCUGCUGCCGAAGCUUCUCCGCACGACUCAGAUUCUUUUUGGCUCGUCCCGGAGCUUCUUCUUCUCGUACGAUUUCGAUAUCACGCGGCGGUGGGCGAGUCGCUCGACGCCGCAAUCUGACGAGGUGCCCCUGCAUGAGCGUGUCGAUCCCAUCUUCUUCUGGAACAAGAACACCCUGAAGCCGUUCAUGGAAGCUGGACAAGAUGCCUUGCUACUCCCCUUAAUGCAGGGUUUCGUAGGCCAGAAGAGCUUCGUGGUGGACAGUAGCCCUCCCCAACAAGACGAUGGGCUCGGAGACUCUGUGGAGUUGUCCACCAUCAAGCAAGCCAAUGCCGAGCUACCUUCUCCGCCAUCAGAGAAAGUCCGCGACUCGGUUGAUCUUCGUUCAACCGAGAAAAAGUUUAUUUUGACUGUAAUCUCCCGUCGUUCGACGCAAAGAGCUGGUCUGAGAUAUUUGAGACGAGGCAUCGAUGAACAAGGUUACGUGGCGAAUGCCGUCGAAACGGAACAAAUUCUCUCGAGCACCUACUGGGACAAGUCGUCAAAGAUCUACUCCUUCCUCCAGAUUCGAGGCAGUAUUCCGCUGUUCUUUACACAGUCACCCGUCUCCUUGAAGCCCGCACCAGUGAUCCAACACUCACCAGAAGCAAACUACAACGCAACAAGGAAACAUCUGGAACGUCUGAAAACAGAAUAUGGCGGUUUGCAGAUUGUUAAUCUUGUCGAAAAGCAUGGCGUUGAAGCAACGGUCGGCAGCCAGUAUGAGAAGACUGUUCAGCGACUAAAUGAGGAAGAAUUCAAGGGCCAAGAUGAGGCUGUAGCAUUUGAGUGGUUCGACUUCCAUUCGGCCUGCCGAGGAAUGAAGUUUGAGAAUGUCAGUCAACUUCUCGAAACUCUUCGCGACAAGUUGGAGGGAUUUGGAAGCACCGUCGAAGAAGCUGGGCAGAUCAAAGCAAAGCAGCAGGGUGUCUUGCGCACCAACUGCAUGGACUGUCUCGACAGAACAAACGUAUGCCAGAGCUCGUUUGGCAAGUUCAUGCUUGAAGCUCAGUUGAAGGCGGAGGGUUAUGACCUUGCUGCUCAAGUGGACCAGCAAACACAAUGGUUCAACACGCUGUGGGCAGAUAAUGGCGAUGCUGUGUCGAAGCAAUACGCUUCGACGGCAGCCAUGAAAGGCGACUACACAAGAACAAGGAAGAGGAAUCUCGGUGGCACUUUGAACGACCUUGGUCUUUCCUUGACCCGAUACUACAAUGGGUGA